AUGGACUACAAGUUCUCUACCUUGAUCGACGCCUCUGUUCAUGACAAGGAGGGUCUCUGCCCAGGCAUCGAUCUGCGCAUACAUGAGGCCGCCGACCUCGAAGAGGUCGGUGCAUUCAGAGCCCAAGAAGACUGGCGUCGCCUUGUCGGGCCGCUCGAGAACCCCUACCGCGGCCUCUUGGGUCCGACAUUUAGUUUCAUUGCUGUAACGGUACCUGGAUGUCUCCCCGAUAGAUUGGAGAUUAUUGCCUAUGCCCUUGAGGUCGGUUUCAUACAUGAUGAUGUCAUCGACAAUGACAUUCAGGACGCAGAUCUAGGAGAAAUGGGGGCGACGCUGCAAGAUGUGGGUGAGCUCAAGGCAAAGAGCGCUUCUGGAAAGGCCAAAAUUGCAGCUCAAAUCAUCCAGGAGAUGAUGGCCAUUGACCCUGAGAGAGCCACGACUGUUGCCAAGAGCUGGGCAUCGUGCGUUCAACACUCUAGCAGACGGCAAAAAGUCACUGAUUUCAAGACCCUCGAAGAAUACAUCCCAUAUCGGGCCUUUGAUGUUGGUUACAUGCUUUGGCACGGGCUUGUCACCUUUGGCUGCGCUCUCACCAUCCCAGACGACCAAGCCGACCAAGUCGAGCAGUUGCUCAUGCCUGCUCUAGCCACUGCCUCCCUCACAAAUGACUUGUUCUCCUUUGAAAAGGAGCGCGACGAUACCAACGUGCAGAACGGAGUCUUGGUCGUCAUGAAAGAACAUGGCUGCACCGAAGAAGCAGCGAGAGAGAUUUUGAAAGAGCGUAUCCGGGUUGAGUGUGCCAAAUACGUCCGUAAUGUCAAGGACGUCAGCGCGCGCACAGAUCUCUCUCUUGACACGAAGAAAUACAUUGAGACCAUACAGUACACUCUGUCAGGCAACCUCGCUUGGAGCACACAGUGUCUUCGAUACCACAAGAACAUCAAGCCCAAUGAGUCUCAGAUGCUGCGGGCUACAGAAGGCGUGGCGAAACAUCCCGCAACGUGGGUACCCAAAGACACAGGUGAAUGUCUUGCCGACAAUAUCCAAUGCAAUGGUCUCCUCAGUGAGGAACUUCCGAGGGUGAAUAUAAUUAUGAGGGAAAACGGCGAUGGUGUCAACGGCGUCGAUGACGCCAACAUUGUCAACGGGGUCAACCAUGGCAAUGCUAACGGACUUGGCGGUGCUAAUCAUCUAUACGGCAUCGCUUGUUCCAAGGACUUGACUGAUAUUUGUGAGGCCAAUAUUAUCAACGGCACCAACGGCAGAGACAACGCUAGCAGGGUCAAUGGUUUCAACUAUACCAACGGCGGAGAUGGCGCUGACAGCGUCAAUGGUUUCACUUGUACCAACGGCGGAGAUGUCGCUGCCAAAGCCAAUGGAGCCGAUAUUGCCCAGGACGCCCAUGAUUGGGCAGUUUCUGGUAAAUCCAUUUCUGAUUUAUCUGAUCCCGAGAAUCUCAUGGCCACGGUCCUUGAUCGAAACCUGACGGACCUGGACGAUAGUGUCAUUCUGCAACCGUAUCACUACUUAAAGUCGCUCCCAUCCAAGGGCAUACGUGACCAGGCCAUUGAUGCUCUCAAUAAAUGGCUCGCUGUCCCUGCCGAAUCCACGGUCAGAAUCAAGAGCAUCAUUCAAAUGUUGCAUGGCGCAUCUCUCAUGCUCGAUGAUAUGCAAGACGCCUCUCCGCUCCGUCGCGGCAAGCCUUCCACCCACAGUAUCUACGGCACUGCGCAGACAAUCAACAGCGCGACAUAUCAAUACAUCCAAGCAACCACUGUGGCUUCCCAACUUGGCAAUCCCGCUUGUCUUGCCAUUUUCAUCGAAGAGAUGCAGCAGCUCCACGUGGGUCAGAGUUACGACCUGCACUGGACGGAGACUGCGCGAUGCCCCUCGGUGCCAGAGUACCUGAAGAUGGUGGACAAGAAGACGGGCGGCAUGUUUCGCAUGCUGACAAGACUGAUGCUUGCCGAGAGCCCGACCGGCGCGCAGAUUACUGAUGCUGAUCUGAGCCGGUUCAGCUGUCUGAUUGGACGCUUCUUCCAGAUCCGGGAUGACUAUCAGAACCUGACGUCGGCCGACUAUGCCCAGCAAAAGGGAUUUGCGGAAGACUUGGAUGAGGGAAAGUACUCGUUUGCGCUGAUUCAUUGUAUCCAGACGCUGGGCGCGCACACAAAGUUUGCGCAGGAUGCUAUGCAUCUGCACGCUCUUCUCAUGAAGCGGAGGGUCGAGGGAAAAUUGAGUGUCGAGAUGAAGAAGGAGAUACUGGCCAUGAUGAACAAGGCAAAAAGUCUAAACUGCACGCUCAGUCUCUUGAGACAGCUGUUUGAUGAGCUGGAGAGAGAAGUUGGUAUUUUGGAGGGGAAGUUUGGUCGAGACAAUCUGUCUCUUAGAGUCAUGUUGGAGAUGAUGAGGGUAUAG